CAUCACAAGUAGAAAAGAUAAACAUUUACAAAAACCCAGCAGUGUGAGAGAAAAGGAAUGGAAAAGUCAUUAUAGAAAUCAUUAUAGAAAUGUACAGGAACCCCCCACCCCCCUCAAAAAAAAAAACGAUAAGGCAGAGAGACAGAGCCAAAAAAGCGAGUAAAGAUACUGGAAGGGUGAGAAGAGUAAAGAAAAGAGAGGUUGAGCCGAGGAAAGAGAAGAGGUGAGGGUGAAGGAAAAGAGGGCAAAUGGAAGAGAGGAGGGGGGAAACGUAGAGGAACUGGUGCGAGAGGUGAAGAGGAAGGAAGGAAGGAAGGAAGGAAGGAAGAUGCAGAAGAGAGGGAUGAGAGAGAGAAUAGUGGAGUAAGAGCUUACAGUAGAGGCAGAAAGCAAGAGAACGAUGGCGACAAGCGAUGUAGAGGAGUGGUGAAGAAAACGUCAGAAUGGAGGAGAGAAGAGAAACACCAGCACCGUUCUCCCAAGUGGUUCAAGUUAGGUUAAGGCACGCCAUGCUCUCCUUAGACGAGCCGCUGGACCUGAAGGUUUCCUCGAGCCGGGAGAGGACACACAGAACAUCCAUCUGCGCCCCGCUCCGAUUCGCCCGGACCAGGAUACCACGUCCGACACGCAGCUCUGACACAGAUAUCGCGGACUCUCCCACAUCCUCGAAGCCAGACCUCGGUGUGUGUCCCUCAUCUCCUCCCUCUCCUCAACACUCCUCUUCCAGCUGCGGUCCCCUGUCGCCCCCUCAGGCCAGGGAUUCAGAGUCUGUCGGUUUCCAGUUUUUCCUACCGAUCGGAGCAGGGGGCGGCCUCCUCCCACCCAGCUCUGUACUGACUGCUCAGCGCCGGGAGAGACGGGAUUCCCCUGAACCUGUGGAGGAACAGCUCGCCUGCCGCUGGCUACGGUGCCACCUGCUGUUCGAGUGCCUGCAAGAUCUGGUGGAUCACGUGACCGAGUCUCACGUCAAGCCGGAGAGGAGCUCGGGCUACUGCUGCCACUGGGAGGGGUGCGCACGCAAGGGCCGCGGCUUCAACGCCAGGUACAAGAUGCUGAUCCACAUCCGCACACACACCAACGAGAAACCGCACCAGUGUCCCAUCUGUAGCAAAAGCUUUUCCCGCCUGGAGAACCUCAAAAUACACACCCGCUCACACACAGGAGAGAAGCCGUACGCGUGUCCGUACGAGGGAUGUGGAAAGCGUUACUCCAACUCCAGCGACCGAUUUAAGCACACGCGCACACACUACGAGGACAGACCCUACUGCUGCAAGAUGGCCGGCUGCCCCAAGCGCUACACGGACCCCAGUUCCCUCCGUAAACACAUCAAGGCCCACGGUCAUUCCGUCUCCACCGGCAACGAGACCACCGUCGGCAGCACGGAUCCUUCAACACCUCCCGCUUCAUCCAGAGCUCAUCUGGUGCUCCCUGGGGCUGCACUGGCUCUGCUGCAUGCCUUCACGGGGCCUCUCAUGGCUCUAGGUGCCUCUCCGCUCGAUCUCUCCAUGUCUGCAGGGCACACGGGGGCAGAAGCCAUGCUCCGUCAUAACAGCAUGGCUCCCGGGCUGGGCAAGAUGCCGCGAUUCGACCCUUUAAUGCUUCCUUCGUUUGGGCUGGAGGCUAAGCAGAGGGUGUUGAAGGAGAAGCGCGGUGAUGUUGAGGAUGAUCACGAUAACAGGGAGGUGGAAGAAGGACGCAGCACUUUGUCCUGGGUGUUCGUCCCGCCGGGUAUGAUGAUGCUCAAGCAGGCCGUGGUCAGCUAGACCGCCCUGAGUCAUGUGACGUGUAAAAAAAAAAAAAAAAAACAACAACAACAAAAAAAACAACCACAACCAAACAAACAAAAAAUAUCAAAAUCUACCAUGCUAUUUUAGCUUGUUUUAAAAGAAAAAGUCUUCAAUCUUAUUACUUGACGCGUUUCGAAUUUUCGAAGCACAUUCUAAUACAACGCUGUAUUUUGGGCAGAAACCGUAAGAAACCUGCAGUAUUUUUAUUUUAUUUUUUUUUAAACUCGCUGUAAGUAUUCUAACAGUCCUCCAGACAUGUAUGUUAAUCCUCACCUGGAUUAAAGUACAAUGCAGUGCUAUUUAAUGACGAGAAGAACUCGUGCCAAACCAAACGCAUUCAUCAUACCAUGAGUGUGCUUCUAGCAGUUCACCUUUCCCACCAAGAACACUCCUGACUUAACGUGCAGGAUGCAGCGUCAGAUAAGAACGCCUAGCGUGCGUGUUUAAUAUUCCACACGUGUCAGAUUGUGACACUUGCGAUCGAGAAAACUCAUGACGACAAUCCGGAGCUGGAGAGCAGCAGGAACAUGGAGGCUUUACCCUUUACUCCUGCUCAUAAAAGAAGUCAAACAGAUUGAGACCGCAAACCUGGAAUGAGGAUGUUGUUUACGCUACACUUUACGUUAACACUGACCACCCUGACCAAAUCACCGCCAUGUGAUUUUUUUUUCUUCUUUUCCCUUAGACGAAACACAUCCAGUGUUGAGGAAAUCUUGAGAUGUUUUAAUGCUGAUGAUUUAUCAUUCCUUCCCGGUGUUAGGGUUUUUUUUUUAUUUCUCGCCCAACAGGAAACUUUGACAAAGGCAGCGUGAUCUGAUAACGCUAGACAAUGGUCCAUGAACGACCAAGCUCCUGACUCGUUUUGCACAAUCUUUUGUCAUUACCUCUGACAUCAUCGUAACCAGUUCAAGUGCCUUUCUCACGAGCUUUUACUGCUGGGCUGUUUGGUAGUCGACGGACUCGGGCACGCGGCGGCGGCGGCGGCAUAAUGUGGUCUCUUUCUCGCACGUCUUUUUUGCGCAGGCUGAUGAGCCAGAUUUAAGAAAAACUCUUACAUAUAGAAACAUUCACACAGUGAUAUAAACCACAUUAUUACAUCACUGAGUCUCACAACCGUGAUGUGAUCUAUACCUAUAGCUACAUUGAGGUGAGUAAAACAGGUAGGAUAGAAGUAGCACGUCUGCUGCAGAACACCGGGUUCGAGUCUCGGCUCAGGCGAGAGCUCGGGGUCGGAUGCAGGAAGACGAAUGUUCAUGUCACUCGGCUCAGCCGCGUACGUUACCGAUGAAUGCAUCUAAUAAUAAGUCUAAUCUAAGUGCAGUGGUGGAGAGUUCUCAGGAAAUUCAUCUCUACCCUACCAGCCAAUCUCACAUCAGCAAUCACAAGCCACAAAUUUAUUUUAGAAAGUAUAUUUAUUUUUACGGCGUGAGCGAGACGCACUGAUCCAGAGCCACUUACUUUUAUCUUAUUUACACAACUGAACAGUUCAGGGCCAUGCUGGAGGCACAGCAGUGACAUAUCCACCAUUCAGUCCAGACUUUAACCACUGCUUACCCAUGACUUACCUUUCCCCCUUUCUCUUUCUUUCCCUUCCUUUCUUUUUUCCUUCCUUUUUCUUUUUCCUUUCUUCAUUUCUUUUUCUUUUUAGUGUCUUUCUUUCUUUCUUUCUUUCUUCAGUUCUUUCUCUCUUUCCCCUUUCUUCAAUUUUUUCUUUCUUUUCCCUUUUUUAAUUCUUUCUCUCUUUUCCCUUUCUUUAGUUCUUUUCCAUUUCUUCAAUUCUUUCUUUUUUACCUUUUCUUCAUUUUUUUCUUUUCCCUUUCUUCAAUUCUUUCUUUCUUUUCCUUUUCCUUAUUUUCUAUUUUCCUCUUCCUUCCUUCCUUCCUUCCUUUCCUGACCUUUUCCUAACACAUCUAAAAUCAUAAAAGUGCCUAAACUCUGUACUGAUUAAUAAUGCCGAAUAGUGAAUAUUAAGAUAUUGAACAAAAGAUUUCUAGAGACUAACACGGAGGGCUUGGUAUCAAACCCGGCUACACGACUCGUUUGCUUUGAUUGGAUUGGUCUUUAGAUAACGACACACUGCAUCAACACGAGUCACAAAAUACUGUGUCUAUUACACAAGAGGGAAUAAUGGUGCAUGGGGUAACGAGCUACAUCUCUCCAUUCAGUAGUCCAGACUGUGUCCACUGAGCCGCUGCUUCCCCAUAACGUGUGUAUAUAAAUAUCAUCACGGUCGUUUAUCCCGCUGAGUAAGACGUCGUUCUACGUUCUUCUUUCUGAAAGACGCCGCCGCACACCGCCACCACGUGCCACGCUGGAGUAACGCUCACUUCUAAAGACGAGCCUCGUCCCCAAAUCAGGGGUUUGUGCGACUGGUUACACAAAGGUACCACCUGUACGAGAGGCAUCCCGGACGUCCUGUACGCUACACGCAUGUACGAAUGGAAGCUAAGUGUCAUGUACGCCAAUAUGUAUCAUUUCCUCCUGACAUGUGUUCUAAUAAUGAGCAUGCAGAAUAUUUCAACAAAAAAAAGCCAGCUCCAAGAGAUAUUGUCAUGUGAGAUUCUGACAAUUAUCAUUACGACGAUGACGACGAGCAGCGUCUAAUAAAAACAGGCAUAUGAUCAA